AUGACAUUAAGAUUACCAGGCUUUAUUAAAUAUUUAUCAGUUUUUGUGAUGGUUCUGGCUGUAUUGUAUAAAUAUGAGAUCGAUCAACAAAGUCAUCAAAAUACGCUAUUGAUAAGGAAAACAGCUAACAUCCAGAGUAAUCGAAAUCACAUUUAUAAUGUGAUAACGAACGUAGAAAAAUACGCAACAUGGUAUCCGAAUGUUAUUCGUGUUGAAAAUAUUCAAAUAAUGCAACAUAAAGUGCAUAAUCAUGAAGGUGAAAAAUAUCUACUAAUAACAAAACUCCCGAUUAUAGGAGAAAUAUCAUCGACUUUAAUUGUUGAAACAGACAAUCGGCCAAAACAUUUUGUAUUUACAGUUGAUUCAUGGUUAUCAGAAAUAAAUUCCAUCGAAGUUAUGGAAAACGUUAAAGAUUCGAAUUCAACUACACUUGAAUGGAAUGUUUAUUCGAAACGUCGAAGUAUUUUAUUUCAGAAUUACACAUACUACGAAACAAUGAACUUGUUAAAUCGUGUUUUUGGUACUACAACGCCAAUUCCAAGAAAAUCGACAUUAUCAGCAUCAAAUCCUUCCGCAUGUACAUUAAAAUGGAUACCGCCAGAAUUUAAUCCGGAGAAUAUUCGUUUGAUUAUUUACGUUGAUAGUGAUGAAGGUGGUCUACAUUUAUUAUUUGAUUCAAAAACCCUACGAAUUAUUGUACCAAAUCAACAACAGCAACAACAAGAAGAUGCCUCCAAGCUCACGAAACCACCGAAUGACGGUCGUAUAUAUGCCGAUUAUAUAUUUGGAUCAAUGCCUCUAUUGUUUAAAGAAGCUGGUAUGAAAAUUCACACAAGCAAAUCUCCUUCACAAAUAAUGAUGAGUCGUGUAUUUGCCGUAAAACAAUCCCUCAGGUGAGAUACUCUACAGUUCAAGUCUUUUUUGUACGAUAUAAUUAUUACGAGCAAUACAAAGCGUGGAAGUUACAAGCAGAGCAUACUUCUCUCUCGUAUUUGGUUAGUUGUGAAAGAAUUUUGUAAGGCACACACCUCUCUCGUCUGUAUAGCUUUUUUUCAAUAAAAAGUCGAUAUUGAGCUAAGCAAAUGGUUGAAUAGGUUAAGAUGUCUUCUCUUGGAAUUCAUACUUUUUCUAUCAAUAUCAAAGGUUUCUGAGGGUUUGUAAAGACGUUUUCUAGAAGGCCGAUAAAACUGAUUUUUCUGAAAUCCUAGUAUUUCAGAGAAAAUACAAAAUUUGUUCCGAGAUCUCGUUAGCUGUAAAGUGUCUAAAGUAUAGUGACGGAAAGCUGAAUAACUAGUUUUUUUGCUUCUCUUAGUCAUUUUGUAAAGUACCAAAAAAAUUUUAGAUAGUCUCCAGUCCUCGAAUCCAAAAAGGUCGCAAUGACGCUACUUUGUUAGAACAAACAUUUCUUAUUGAAAUUUGACGUCUCCCGACGCUGAGGGAUACGUUGAUCAAAAAGUUAAGACAGCUUUACUAAGAGCCCUGAUAUCCUUACAUUACUAUGUCUCAAGAUUGAUUUUAUUCUUUGUUGCUCUAAGAGUUUUCCAAAAAUCUAACUCAGUA